GGUGGAUUAUAUGUUGUUUUUGUAAAAAAUCAAAGUUAUAAAGUUUUAGGUCAUUUAUUAUCUUUUUCAUCAGGUGUUAUGAUUUAUAUAUCAUUUAUGGAUUUGUUACCAGAAGCUAUCGCAGAAAUUGGUUUCUUUAAUUCAAAUCUAUGGUUUUUCUUUGGUAUGAUAUUUUUUGCAGUCAUUUUAAAGGUAAUCCCACAUGAUCACGAAGAGGAGGAGAGUGAUCAUGGUCAUGGUCAUAAUAGCACCAAACCAAUAAAUGCUACAAUAAAUAAAAAAGAUAAAAAAGAUCAUUAUUUAAAUAUGGUUGGAAUUAGAACAGCUAUUGGUGUUAGUCUUCAUAAUUUUCCAGAGGGUGUUGCCGUUUAUUUAUCAUGUCUUAAAGGUGUUGAUGUUGGUUUGCCAUUGAUGCUUGCCAUUGCAGCCCACAAUAUACCUGAAGGUAUGGCUGUUGCAGCACCAAUUUAUAGUGCCACCAAUAGUAAAUGGAAAGCUUUUAAAUAUUGUUUAUAUAGUGGCCUUUGCGAACCAAUUGGUGCAGUAGUUUUCGGUAUUAUUUUUAAUAGUUUCAUGACACCUUAUUUAAUUCAAUCAAUGUUAGCUGCUGUCGCAGGUAUUAUGGUAUUUAUGGUAUUAAAAGAAUUAUUACCAGCUUCAUUAAAAUAUAUUUCAGUUAAUGAAUCUGUUUUCUCAAAUAUAGUUGGUAUGAUGUUUUUCUUCUUUUCAAUUCAUUACUUGCAUCAAAUGCUUCCACACGAUCAUGGCUCUGGUGAUCAUGGUCAUUCACACGGUUCACAUGGCCACUCACACGGUCAUUCACACAAUAGUCCACAAGCUCAAGGUAUUAAUUUUGAAAAGCCUCAAAAAAGCUCUCAUUUUAAUGCCUUUGAAUAA